UGUUUAAGCUCCUAACUUCCACUGAAAUCAAUGGAAGUUUAGGAGUCUAAAUACCUUUGUGGAUCUGGGCCAAAAUAACUAUUUUGCUAAACAGGGAGCCCAUUCUUCCUAACCAGGGACAGUUUGCAGCAUGUCUCUACAGGGCUCUACCACUCUCCCCCAAGAUGACGUACCCUUUUUUUUAAAAGCCACCAACUUUUAUCAGAUCAAUAAGGCCCAAUCAAUGGUUUUCCCUUCUAACAACAUGUUGGGUUUGUUAUCUGGGCAGCUGGCAGCUAACAAGAGGCAGCUUUAUGUUUGUUUUGUUUGUUGUAAAGAAGGCGAAGCAAACUGCAGGCUGGGGACAGGCGGUGGGACGUUUACUGUCAAUACAGCAGGAAAGAGAAAGGAAAUAUAAGGAGCAGAGGCCGUGGACUGCAACCCAAAUGAGUGGUCUGAACGUAAACCUAGCAGUACAGCUACAGAAGGAAAGUGGGUGGAUUGACUUUGACAAGGGAGUGUUUCUCUGUGUUUUGAAAGGGCUUAUACAUGAUCUAGUUAUAAGAGUUAGAAAACAGGGAAGUGUUUGUGGCAAUCAGCAAAUAACGCUGGGCAAGAGAGCUCUGAAUCCCCAACAAAGUCUGAAAGGUGCUUCGAAUUCAGACCAAAGGCAAAGGAUUGUCUGGGAUUUUUUAUAUAUGUUAAGAAUCACCAUUUAAAAAUAAUAAUAAUAAUUAAUAAUAAAACCAGAGCUUGAAACAGAUAAUUGGACAUGUUUUUUCCUAGUAAGUUGAAACAAAUUGUAACACAAAAUGGAAAAAACAAGCAAACCUCCCAGCUUGUCUCCUCUCUUCUCCAUCCACAGAGGAAUUAGGUGUCUUGGGUUUGCAAGGCAAGGAAGGCUGCAGACCAAAAGCUGGAAGUGGUUCUGAAACACUCAGAACCAAGCAAGAGAAUAAAAUUAAAUUUUGGAGCACAAGGAAGAACUCCUACCAUGAAACCAUUCACAGAAGAAGAUGUGGAAUUUUACAUCCAGAAUAAGGUGGAACGGCGACACCACCUGGUGUCUAAGACAGUGGAUGAGGUGCAGAAGAUCAUCCAACAGCUGACCAUAGAAAUCAGCUACAGGGACACGCGAUUUCAGGCCAUCUCCAACUCUGGUGUUCACAACGAGAAUUUUAGGGAUCAGCUAGCUUUAUUGGCCAAGUGGUCCGCUCUGCUUCGGGGGAAACGCCCAUUUCACCCAUCUGUCCAGGUCUUAGCGCCCAGCCACUUUCUCGUCACAGUCCCACUGCGCGGCCUGACAGGGUACCGGGAGCGCCAGGUACGGCACUGGCGGUAUUACACCGUGCAUGGGGCAAAGCUCCUUUCCCCAGUUCGGGACCCAGAGGAGCUGCAGCAGUGGCUGGAGGUGGAGCAGUUCUCAAAGAGUCUGCAGCAGUGGCAUGAGACAGAGGUGAACAUCGAAGGUGAUCUCGUUCCAGCCAAGGUCCUUGCCAUCUUCAGGGAGUUGAUGGAGAAGUCAAUUACCUCCUGUAACCUCUCCAGUAAAGUCAGCAUUCUGGAGAGUUUCAGCUCAGUGGUCCGAGUUACUGUGGAGACACCAGACUCCCAGGUAGAGGUGGAGCUGGUCCCUACUGUGGAAAUCCCAACCUGCUGGCCUGAGAAAGCCCGGUGGCCCCGCUGCUUCAAGCGCUGGCCUUCCCAGGAGAAAGUACAGUGCAUCAAGUCAUUUGGCUUUAAUCUCCUGGCCCGCUCCAGUUACCACUGGCAGCUGGGCUUCUCCCGAGCUGAGCGCAUGCUGAUAGAGGGCCUUGACGAGGACGGUGGCUGCCGCAUGAAGUGCUUCCGGGUCAUGAGACAAAUGAAGGAGGAUGUCUGGUGUACAGGAAAUAAGCCAGUCCUGACGACCUAUCACCUACAGAUGGUGCUAUUCUGGACAUGCGAGAAGUACUCGCGCACCAAGGACUGGCGCUGCUUCCAGGAAGGCUUCCUGCGCAUGGUGCAGAAGCUGCACAAGUGCGUGAGCCAGCACUUCCUGAAGCAUUACUUCAUCAGGGGCACCAACCUGCUCAAGUAUGCCAACACCAGCGACCUGGACCUAGUGGCAGGCAAGCUCGCCGUCUUCCUGGAGAACCCCGUGCUCUGCCUGGACUGAGACAGGGAGAACCUGCUAUCCCAAUCUUGUUUUACUACCUAGCCCCUCUUGUUUGUAGUUGUUCUUCCUGACCUUUCAGUAGAUGCUGUGACCUUGAACGUGAGACAUGUGGCACGUGCAGAAUGGAAGAGAAAAGUCAAACUAAGAGCAGUAAGAGGACAAAACUAGAGGGCUUGCUUGAUGCCCAGCCAUUGCAAUUUGCUUUCUACAGCUUGAGCUGCCUGUCUUAGAGCCACUGCCAUCCAGAUCCCCAAAACAAACCAGACUAUAUACUGCCCCACUGUUUGUCACUAGUCCUAUGGCUCAUAGGCCAAAAUGCAGAGUGGUCUAGUGGUAAGAGCAGGGGACUAGCAAUCAGGAGACCCUACUCUGCCACCUACUCAUUGUGAGACCUUGUGUUCAUCACUUGACUCCUCUAUGCUGCCUCCUCACCCAUCUGUAAAAUGGAAUUAAUACCUACCUACCUGAUAGCAUUAUUGUGAGACUGAAUGAAUGUUUGUAUAGUGCAAUGAGAUACUCAGAUGGAGACCUCGGUACAAUCACAAGGUGUUAUUGUUAGAGCCAGUCUCUUUCACCUCCCUCCACAAUUAAAUGUGGGACCCGCCCUCAUGGUAAAGAGAGUUUAAUUGGUAAGUGUUGAAUAGUUCAGAUACUGUUUUUUGCCUUUCCCUCGUGGUCUUUUUGUCUCACGUUUUGCUUGGGGCAGGAUUCCAGGUUUGCCUUUGCCACCUGUGUAGUGCCAUGCUGUCAGCCCCCGGCAGUGUUUACUGUGACAGAGCUCUCUAGCACAUCUGGCUCUGCCCAGCUGUCUGGGGGACGAAUUGAUCUCACCUUUUAGCACCUGUAUAUUUCUGAGUGCUAUUAGAGACAGAAGGAGAAUUUGUCAAAGGUUCCUAGUUGCAAAGGAUUCCAGAGCUUUAUAUAAAUAACAUAUAAAAAUAAAGUGCUAGUGUUUUGAGAAAAGAAACAAAAAAAGUUCUAAAGCGAAUGUUGUGUUUAAUGUUCUUAAAUGACUCAAAUUAAAAUCAAGUGUUUUAUUUUCUA